AUGUAUCCACCUGGCUGCGCCAAGUUGAAGUGUUCCUGGCACCACUGUCUUCCCGGGCUGCUGCUGCAGCUGCUCUUGGCUCUGUGCUUCUUCUCUUAUCUGCGUGUGUCUCAAGAUAAGCCCAAGCCCACGUGGGUCUCUGAACUGGGGGCCCCUUCCCAGGCCACUGAGGGGUCCCCCGCCCGCCUGCCCCUGCGUGUCCUGCUGUGGACGUGGCCGUUCAAUCAGCCAGUGGCUCUGUCCCGCUGCUCGGAGCUGUGGCCUGGCACAGCUGACUGCCAGCUGACCGUCAACCGCAGCGAGUACCCUCAGGCGGACGCGGUCCUCGUGCACCACCGGGAGGUCAGCAGCCGGCCCCAGAUGCAGCUCCCGCCUUCCCCGCGGCCCCCUGGCCAGCGCUGGGUUUGGUUCAGCAUGGAAUCGCCCAGCAACUGCUUGAAACUGAAGGACCUAGAUGGCUACUUCAACCUCACCAUGUCCUACCGCCGGGACUCAGAUAUCUUCAUGCCCUACGGCUGGCUCGAGCCGUGGUCCGGCCAGCCGGUGGAGACACUGCUCAACAUCUCGGCCAAGACCAAGCUGGUAGCCUGGGUGGUGUCCAACUGGAGGAAAGACUCUACCAGGGUGCAGUACUACGAGCUGCUGAAGCCACACCUCCAAGUGGACGUGUACGGACGCUCCCACACACCACUGCCCUACAAGCUCAUGGCCAAGCAGCUGUCCCAGUACAAGUUCUACCUGGCUUUUGAGAACUCCCUGCACCCCGACUACAUCACAGAGAAGCUGUGGAAGAAUGCCCUGCAGGCAUGGGCUGUGCCAGUGGUCCUGGGCCCCAGCCGGGUCAACUAUGAACAGUUCCUGCCACCCAAAGCCUUCAUCCACGUCGAAGACUUCCGGAGCCCCAAGGACCUGGCCCAGUACUUGCUAGCACUGGACAAGGACCACACCAGCUACCUGAACUACUUCCGCUGGAGGGAGACACUGCGGCCUCGGUCCUUCUCCUGGGCCCUGAUGUUCUGUAAGGCCUGCUGGAAGCUGCAGCAGGAGCCCAGAUACCAGACGGUGCCCAGUAUUGCGUCUUGGUUCCAGUGA